CCCCGCCUCCAUCCUUCAGCCCUCCAACCCUUAGACUGCAACAGGCAUUUUAUAUAACAGCUGAACUUUCCUUUGUAUUUCUCCCUUCACUUCAGUCAUUUCUCCACGGUUGCUGGACGGUCCACAGUUUCACAGAUUUUCAGUCCUGAAAAAAAAACCCCAACCACCAUGGCUCAAAGAGUUGUGCUGCACUAUUUCAAUGGGAGAGGGAAGAUGGAGUCAAUCCGCUGGCUUUUAACUGUUGCAGAAGUGGAGUUUGAUGAGAAGUUUUUGGACACCCGCGAAGAGUAUGAAAAACUCGUGAAUGAUGGCGUGCUCAUGUUUCAACAGGUCCCUAUGGUGGAAAUUGAUGGCAUGAAGCUCAUUCAGACAAAAGCAAUCCUGCAUUAUAUCGCAGAGAAGUACAAUCUGCAUGGAAAGGACCUCAAAGACCGAGUCAUGAUCAAUAUGUACUCUGAGGGACUGAUGGACCUCAUGGAAAUGAUCAUGAUCCUCCCCUUCCUUCCAGACCCCAAACCAAAACUGGAUGAGAUUCAAAGCAAAGCAAAUGAGCGCUACCUUCCUGUGUAUGAAAAGGCUCUGACUGGACCCGUGUACCUGGUGGGAGGUAAACUAAGCCUUGCAGACGUGCUGCUGGUUGAAUGUACCCUCAUGCUGGAGGAGAAAUUUCCUGCAAUUCUCAAAGACUUUUCCAAUGUCAAGUCUUUCCAGGGCAGGAUGAUCCAAAUCCCUGCCAUCAACAGGUUUCUGCAGCCAGGCAGUAAGAGGAAACCACCCCCGGGUGAAAACUACGCAAAGGCUGUCGUGGAAGUCUUCCGCAUCAAAUUACCAACUCAGUAAAAUCUGUUGCAUUCCCGUUACGUUCCUCAUUAGGCUGCAUGAGAUCAUGUGAUCAGUUAUACCUACAGGCCUAUGGGGAGAUAAAUAUUGCACUAACACAACAGAUGGCAAAGAAGAAUGUAAUCUUUACUAGAAAUGUGAACUAAAUAAAUGUUCUUACAUGACUACUUGAA